AACCUCAGUAUGCAAAUAAACACUUCUUUUGCUAUUUUGUAGCGGAGCUAGAAUUUAAGAAAAGUAUGGAAUCGCCGUCCCCUGCACCUGCCGGUGGGGUUAAGUAAUUAGGGAGAAUUAUAAUAACGGCCUGAGAUAAUACUAGCUUAAUAGGAGCGGAGCAGAAAGAGUUUGGGGCGCAUUUAUGGCGGAGAAUCCAAACUCCAGAGCAGUAAUAACCACCGAGAGCAGCCCUUACCUGGAAUGCGGGAGUUCAAGCGCAGGAACCCCGUGGUACGACAAGCAGUCCGUGCUGAGCCUGUCUGAAUACCUCAUCUUCGUGGAAGUGAUUUUGGGCCUGCUGGUAUGGGCGCUGAUCUCAAGCACAGAAUAUUUCAGAUUUUCCCCAUUUGGAUGGGUGAUGUUUGUCACCGUCUUCUACUGGCUUCUCACCCUCUUCCUCCUCAUCAUCAAACUGGCCAAUGGACGAAUCCGACAGGUUCCCUGGGCUACAGCGGUUCUCAUUUUUAACUGCACUGCUGCUUUACUGUACACGUCAGCUGCUAUUGUUGAGGCAACGCUGGUGAACAAGGGGGUCAGAGGUCGUAAUGAUUACAACUGUUGGGCGGCAUCAACGUUUUUUGCAUUCCUAGUAUCUCUGAGUUACGCUGGUAGUGCAUUCUUCAGUUACAAAUCCUGGCACAGAGAAGAUGAAUAAAAUGUGCUGGAUUGUUUGUUUGUUUGUUUUAAAUGUUAAGACUCAUCCUAUUAUUGUUCGGGUAUGGACUAAACUUGAAAAAAUAUUUAAUACAGAUUUAAUACUUUUGUAUUAAAAAUAAAGAAAUGCAUGUUUUAUUCUGUAUGUAUUUGCAACCAUUCCACGGAGAUCUGUCUAAUGCACAAAAUAUAUGUUGAUAUAUUUUAUAUGGACAUGCAAAACUUACAUUAUUUCACUUUUAUUGAAUGUAGUUUUAUCGUAAGUCACUUUGUCAGUCUGUAAAUUAAUAGACAUAGGCUACAAUGUUUCAAGUGUGCUUUAAAUGUGCCUUUAAAAUGUUGGCUCAUAAUCUAAAAUUUUGUUGACAAUCCUCAUGAUGUUUGUACUUACCUGACUGACUUAUAAAAGCCUUGUUGAAUUUCUAGUGUCAA